AGUCGCCCGCGGAGGCGAAAGAAAAGUGUUGGAAGCGGGCAAGGCAAUGGCUAGCGUGGAGGGGAAGGGCGGACUGGGCUGGUAAAGAAACCAAGAGACCACGUCGUGUCCUGCAAUAGAAGCACAAUACAAACGUGCACUUAGAUGCGUGUAUGAAUGGCUGGAAUGCUGGGUGCUUGCGGUCGUCCGUGCCUCGUCCGAUCCUGCGGAAGGCAUCUCCGAAACACUGCUUGGUUGGGACGGGGGGAACAGGCCUCGUUCCCUUCCUUUAGAAUGCGUCCGGUGGUGCAGCCGCGUGGCUGGCAGAGCCCUGCGAUACAGCAAGUCCUGCCCAGAUGGCUCGGCAUUUCAGCCCCUUCUCAACGGGUCCGGGAGGAAACCCCCGCAGAGAGCCCCAAAGACUUCAGGCUGAUCUACAGGUUCCCUGGGAUCAGGUACUGCCGGGCCCUGUCGAGGUUGAAGCUCCUACAAACGGCCUUUACGGUGCUGGUUCUCCCGCCCAUCUGGUUUCUCCACUGGCAAGACCAAGUGACCCAAGCCCAGUGCCUCUACAGCACCGGGAUCGCUUGCUUCGCCGGCUUCAUGCUGUAUGCCAUGAGCUAUUUCUUCCGGCGGAUCGUCGGACUGAUGUACCUGAAGCGAGACGGCACGGUCCUGCGAGUGGCUCAUUUGACGUUUUGGGGGAGGAGGAGGGAAGUCGAUUGCCCCAUCGAAACCGUGAUGACCCUGGAUGACGCCGGCGGCGACCGGAACGAGCUCCUACUCUGCCUCAAGCGAUACGGCGAGGGUCAGUUCUUCUACUUCACUCUCCGCUUUGGGCAGGUGGUGGACGAAGAAGGGUUUCUCAGAGUAUUCGGAAGGGUUUAGGAACCGGCGGGGGAGACGCCGACGGACAGAUUUGCGGAGGUCUGGAAGGCACCGGGGGACCUCCUCUUUCGUUUGGCGCAGGGACACAUCAGUCCGCACUUCGGCCCGCCAUUCCGGGAGCCGUCUCUCGACCUGAUUGCUGUCUAGGGGUUUAGUCCUCAGUGUACCAUGUUUGUGAGAGAGCCUAUAUAAUAUGGGAAUGCACAACAAAACCCGGAUGGGAGGGUACAAAGAGAUGUGGAGGACGGGGCCCGGUUGUAAGUCAUGGGAACGAUGGCCGAGAUGGCGCGGGGGCAUGCGCAGUCUUGCAACCCAUCUGAUUGCACUCUGCUUCUCAAGCUUGUGUUAUGGGCUUCCAGGCGCUCGACAGUCCGCUGUUUCUGCAAUUCCUGGCAGGCAUCAACCCCAGGAGGUGUGUUAAGUCCCGAGAGGUCGUAAUAUGACACUGUUGGAGCCUGGAGGUGCUUGGGUGAGCCUGGCUUCACCCAGUGUGCUGUUAACUUCAACGGGAUAAUUAUCGCUUCUUUCGGAUGGGGAGCUUCCAAGCUGUAGGACUAGAAUGUCAUGUUCUACCUUGUUACUUACUACGCCAGAGAACUGUGGGAUUCCCGCAUUAAACAUUAAAAU